GCGAGGAAGAGAGAGAGAGAGAGGGAUAGCGAGGGGGAAAGAGAGAGAAGACAUUGUCCGGAAAGAGGGAGCGAGAGAGGCAGAAUGCAUAAACCGAGUUAGUGCGCGCUAACCAUCGCCUUUUGCCAGAUUACAAGUUGUGGGGGGAAUUUAAGUAUCUGGAAUUAACAAAGUUUCCCCCUUCAUCUCAAUCUCCAAACGCGGCGUUGUGAGCGCAAAGGCAUGGGUUUAAUCUGGCUAACAAUGAGGAGAGGUACAGAACGGCACCAAAAUCUGACCUCGAUUUGAGUGAAUAAGGCUUGAGAGAGGGGGUGAGGGAAAGAGAGAGGGAGAGAGAGAGAGAGUGUGUGUGAGAGAGAGAGCGCGCGCGGGGUGAGGCGAAAAAGGGCACUGAAGGGGGGAAAUUGAGAUUUAGUGCAGUCGUGGGUUCAACCAUCCACCCCCCACAAUCGACGGGGGAGAGAGGAGGACUGCAGGGAGCCGAGUGAAGAAGAGGAAAAAAGUAGACAAAGCCGAAGGGAGUUUUUACGAUUCGUCUUAUUCUAUGAUGAGAAGAGAGACGGGGUGCAACAGUCCUACACCGUAACUUCUGAUAGUUUAGUCUGAAAAGGCUGCUGGCGGCACUUUCUGGGGGAACACCAUGUCUCGGUCAGAAGAGGUCAACAAGAUGACUGAGAACGUUUACAAGGGGAUCCUGGACCAGUUCAAUCCCAGUCUGAAGAACUUUGUUACCAUGGGGAAGCAUUAUGAAAAGGCCCUGGCAGGAGUGACGGUGGCUGCCAAGGGCUACUUCGACGCACUAGUCAAACUGGGGGAACUGGCCAGUGACAGCCAGGGAUCAAAAGAAUUGGGUGAUACACUGUUCCAAAUGGCUGAGGUGCACAGGCAGAUUCAAGUCCAGCUGGAGGACGUGUUGAAGCUGUUCCAUUCAGAGCUCCUCUCCCAGCUGGAGCAGAAGUUAGACCUGGACAUCAAAUACUUGACUGCGACGCUGAAGAAGUACCAGAGCGAGAGGAAGUCCAAGGCGGAGUCCAUCGAUCGCUGCCAAUCACAGCUGAAGAAGCUGCGCAGGAAGAGCCAGGGGAGCAGACACCCCAACAAGUAUGGAGACCGAGAGAUGCAGUUUGUGGAGCUGAUGAGUAGAAGACAGGGGGAGCUGGACACACUGGUUGCCAUGGGUUACCGCUCGGCCUUGACGGAGGAGAGGCGACGCUACUGCUUCCUGGUGGACCGGCAGUGUGCCGUCACCAAGAUACUCAUCAACUACCACUGUAAGGUGAGGGAGCUCCUGUCUCAAAAGCUGUCGUCAUGGCAGCUGUCCUGCUCUCAGCCCACCAAGCUUCCAGAGAGAGCGCUGAACCUGCUCCGCUUCACUGCCCCGCAGACCCCAGGGGCUUCUGGGAUAGCUGAGGUCCUCCGGCAUGGCAAGUUAGGGGCAGGACAGGCAGGUGAACAGAGACUGUCCGUGCAGGAGGUUCCACCUUUGCUCAAUGGAGAUAGUAAUCGCUCUCAGCAGCAGCACCACCAGCAGUCACCAGGGCAACAGCCAACACCAGGGCAACAGCACCAGCCCCUGAGGCCCACCCAGUCCUCACCAGCCAGCGACAGCCCUAAGCAGUACUCCCCCGGGCCCCAGUCCUUCCGUGCCCUGACCGGGUCCUCCGGCAGCCCUCCUCCCCCUCUCCACACUCAGAUCAGCAGCAGCGGCAGCAGCAGCAAUGGCGGCACCAUGAUCAGCACCAGCCCCAGCAGUUCCGGAGGAGGACCCACGCCGUCCCAGCAUGCACCUCUGCACAUCAGCACCUCCCUCAGCAGCUCCAUCCUGCAGUGCCCGCCGCCGCUGGCGUCUGCGCCCUCCGUCCUGUCCAUGAGCUCCGGGCCUCCGUCCGCUCUCGGCUCCAUGCACGGCCUGGCGCUGCCCUCGGCCCCCCACAGUCCUCCGCUGCCCCACAGCGCACCGCUCUCCAGGGCCAUGACCCCCGUGCCCUCUGGCCAUCAGGGCGUGGGGAGCUCGCUGCCCUUCGGUAACCCGCAGCUGAUCAAGGCGGCGGAGGUGUAUGCCACCGCCACACUGCCCUUGCCCAGAAGGCCCAGUGAGACACGAACGGGAGGAGUAGGAGCAGGUUCUACUCUCCCCCGGGUGCUUCCACUAUCUCCCCCGACCCGAGUAGAGGCACUGUUUGCUCAUGCCCCCUCCAUCCCUACUAUGGGAGGAGGAGGAGGAGGAGGAGGAGGAGGAGGGGGCUCUUGUCUGCUAAACUUCCUUCCUGGAGACAUCCUCAUCCUCCUCAUCAGCGAGCCCAGGGACGGAUGGCAUUACGGCCAGAACGAGAGAACUGGACGGAAAGGCUGGUUUCCUUUCUCUUACACGCAAGCUUUUCCAAGCUCAGGCGAACAACAGGAACAGAGCUCCCUCCUGCUGUCCAAGGUGAACAGCACCAGUACGGGCCAGCUGGAUAAACUGGAAAAGCUGGAGAAGCUGGCCCCUCCUCCCGGCUCGCUGCAGCCGAGCCCGGACUCGGAGGACGAGAGCUCCGUAUCCUCCCAGAGGAUCAGCACCUUCAGGCCCAGGCCGUACAGCAUGGUCAACCCAGAGACCCGCCAGCUCUCCUCCGAGUUUGGUUCGGCACCUCCCUCACCAACCAGGAGUAACCCCUUUGCUCACAUCCGGCUCAGGAAGACAGUGACCAACGACCGUUCAGCCCCUCUCAUUGAGUAAAACACCCUGCCCUUCUCGUGGAGUAAAAGACGGUGUGUUUGUCGAGAGCUCAGUCCACUGGGCUGUGAAAAUGGAAGAAGCUGCCAUGAUAUUUGACUAAUAACAUACUAAUAGCUUUUUUGUUGU